AUGAACGCCUCUGUGACCGAGAGCUUCCACACUGGAAAUUGGGCUGAUUUUCUGAAAUAUUUGUUUGCCGGGAUUGUGUGCGUAAUCAACGCCUCCAUCUACUAUAACAUAUAUUUUCAUCCUCUGGCCAAGAUUCCCGGGCCUAAAGCAUACGCUGCUUCUCCAAUUCCUGUGGCACUAGCACAAUUAGGAGGCCAAUUCCAUCUCUUCACACAGGCCGCCCAUGAACGAUUCGGAGGUGUCGUCCGAAUCAGUCCCAAUGAACUUUCAUUCAUCUCUGCUGAAGCAUGGGGUGACAUCUACGCACGAAAACAAAAGACCCCGCCAUUCCCCGGGAUCCAACGUUCUUCAAUGAAAUGCUGGUGGAUCCGAAAACUAUGA